CUGAAAACAUUUUAUCAUCAGAGCGGCAAUUAGUCUAUUUUCUUUUCUUUUUUUUACCAAUCACAACCACCUUCUAAACUAAAUUAAUUCCUCGCUCUCUCGAAAUUUUGAAUCUUGUACAAUUUUAUCAUUCUCGUGCUUGAUAUUAGGGUUUGUCGGGAUUUUGUGUAAAACUAUCACUGAAGAGUCAGGGAUUUAAUGGAAGUCAAAUCUAACAGGAGUCUUCAUGAAGAUGAAGAGGACGAUGAUGAAGAAUUUGUCUCCAGGAAAGGAGUCUCUUCUCAAAAAGGAGAUGGGAAGAGCACUGACCUGAAAGCUAAUACACCAAGAUCGAAGCACUCUGCUACUGAACAGCGGAGGAGGAGCAAAAUCAAUGACAGAUUUCAGAUCUUAAGAGAUCUGAUACCACAGAAUGAUCAGAAGAGGGAUAAAGCAUCAUUCUUGUUGGAGGUUAUCGAAUAUGUUAAGUUCUUGCAAGAAAAGGUGCAAAAAUAUGAGGGAACAUAUCAGGGGUGGAAUCAAGAGCCCGUGAAGCUAAGACCAUGGAGGAACGCCCAUCCACAUUGUGAUAGUAUGAUUGACCUUUCCCGAACUACAAGAAAUGGCCCCGGUCCAUCAUUGAUGUUUUCCGGCAAGUUUGAUGAUAAUAGCAUGGCUAUUCCCCCCACCAUGCUCGCAAACACACAAAAUCCUGUAGAAUCUGAUCUUACCACCAGUACCGCCUAUAAACCAGUGGAUCACCACCCAGGGCUAGCAAACAAGGCUGUACAGUUACCGAUGCCGGUGCAGACAAACAUGCUGACUACUGUUGCGAGUGGUGGUGCACUUGCCCAACCUCAGCAGGGAGUUAUCACCGAUGUGGAAAAUGUUGCAUCGCAACGUCAGCCCCAGGUGUGGCAAAGUAGACCGCUUCCAGCUGAGUGUCCCAUCAUAACUGAUAUAGUGAAUGAACAGGAGGAACUCGACAUUGAGGGGGGAACAAUCAACAUUGCAGGUGUCUAUUCUCAGGGGUUGUUGAACAAUUUGACACAAGCUUUACAUAGUUCGGGGGUUGAUCUGUCACAAGCCAGUAUCUCUGUGCAAAUUGAUCUUGGGAAGCGAGCAAUCAAUAGGUUGAAUGUCUCUAAAGCGAAGGAUAACGAGGAUCCCUCAGCCAAUCGAGCAAUGGGUAAUUCUAGGGUUGGAAGCAGUGGUGAGGACUCGGAUCAAGCCCAAAAGAGACUCAAGAUAGAAAAACCACCUAUAUGAUUUCCUGGUCCUGCAUUUUUGUGAUAAUUUAUUUGUUCUUUUUUGUCUUGUCGGUCUUUUCUCUGUUCUUAUGUUGUGUGAGAUAUCAGUUAAGUAAUGUUAAUCUCCUCCAAAGACUGACCCUGGAGAAGUGUUUUGUUGUACAUGCUCUUCUGCUUUACACAUAAAUCAUCCUCUUCACCUGUGAAAUAAAUUCAAUUUAUUUGUAAGUUUUCGUAUUUGGAGAUAAA